CGGUCGACCGAGGACGUUCAGAUUAUCAGAUCCCUUUCAUCAAUCUACCUACCACCACCUCCCCGGAUCGGCCAAGCGUAAUCGACCGAGUGAACUUUCACCUAGCCAUCUCGGAGCCCCCUUCAAGGCAAAAUCAAGCAAUCAACUCCGACCCAGCCUCAGCUACAUUUGACGGCCAACCAGUACCGAGAUAUCAUCGACGAUAUGGGUGGACAACUUAGCAAAGCGAUGGGCCGUUUGUUCGGCAACAAGGAGAUGAGGAUUCUCAUGCUGGGUCUGGACGCAGCUGGAAAGACCACCAUCCUCUACAAGCUCAAACUCAACCAAAGCGUGACUACCAUCCCUACCGUAGGGUUCAAUGUCGAAACCGUGACAUACAAGAAUGUCAAAUUCAACGUCUGGGAUGUGGGUGGACAAGACAAGAUCAGACCGCUCUGGAGACACUACUAUACGGGCACGCAGGGAUUGAUCUUUGUCAUUGAUUCGCAAGAUCGGGAUCGUAUAGACGAGGCGCGACAGGAGCUGGACAGGAUCCUGGCAGACCGGGAGAUGCGCGAUUGUUUGCUCAUGGUGUUUGCGAACAAGCAAGAUCUCGAGGGUGUCAUGUCGCCUGCAGAGGUUACCGAGAAGCUUGGCUUGCACCGGAUGAAGGAUAGGUCUUGGUAUGUCCAUCCAAGCUGCGCGACUACUGGAGAAGGCCUUUUCGAGGGACUGCAAUGGCUCAGUCAGAACGUGCGAGGGACGAAAUGAGGUCAAGUUGACCUCGCAUUUCUUUCCCUUCGAACGACCGGACCUCUCGAUAUACCCUUCUAGAUAUUCUUGGAACCACACGAAUCCGGGGCUUCUGUUCAUCUACUUUUUUUUACGAUCGACGUUGGGCAUUCGCGGUGAACCGGUACCGGCACCAUCAUAUGUGUGCUUCAUAUGUUUUAUAUAUAAUGAUUGGGCAUCUCAGUCGACCGCCACGGGCUUAUGGAAAAGCCGGCAAUGAAGACCGCUGGAGGUCGGUGCCGGCUGUCUCGUACUACUGUAGGGUGCGUGUCUUUGGCUGGUGCCUGCCCAGGUU